UAAACACGCCGGGGCACUCGGGUGGAAAAUACUUCUGAUAUUUUGCGGUGCGCAGACUCUGGGCGGGCCGCGGUCUGCAAAUUUGCGUUUCCUAGGAUGGUGAAAAUAGAUAUACGUAUAUAUAUCGAUGGGGUGGUGGUGAAAGCGGGUGAAAGCCAUGGAUGUAUUAGGUGAAAGCAUGACCCCACCCUAAUCUGUUUCUGAUUGGCUAGUACUUAUUACCUUCCUUGUUUGGAUUGUAGUGAGAUUGGUAAGGGUCAUAAUGGUAGAAUACCGGGUUAGCCAAUCAGAGGCAGAGUAAGGUAGAGUAGGGCGGGAUAUGCCUUCGCCAUCCUAGGAAACGCAAAUUCGCUUCCGGUCUACGCCGGGUGUAAAUGAAAGCGCUUUUUGUGUCAUGUACUGUGUUGCUAUCUUCCAGCCGCUGCAUCUCCAACUUUAACUUUAAUUACUGUUUGACUGCGGAGUUGAACAAGUCAGAGAAAUGUCUUCAGCACAGACAUUUUCAGACCCAAACCAACACAAGCGUGUAUCCGUUAAGUCCAACCCUGGAUUCCUGGAACGGUUAGGGGAAACUGCAGGAGGAACAGUUGUUGGUGUCGGACUGUUUUUCCUCUCAAUCUAUGUUCUUUUUACCAAUGAAGGACGGGCUCUGCGAACAGCAUCUUCCCUGGAUGAGGGUCUUUCUCAGGUUGUGUCGUUGGGGCCGUUCUCCAGCCUCGACCUGCAGAACAACUACCGUUUAGUUCAUCUGUCUGCACGGCUGCGCACCUCACAGCCCCUCCAUGACCCAAAUUACAGAGUGGUGGUGCAGGCAGUGAAGCUGAAGAGGCAGGUGGAAAUGUAUCAGUGGGUGGAGUACCGGGAGAGCAAGGACUACCAAGAGGACGGUGAGACCAAAACUGAGACAACUUACACCUACAACACCGAGUGGAAAUCAGAGCUGGUCAACAGUCGUCAUUUUGACUUGGAAAUGGGACACCAGAACCCAAGUGCCAUGGCGGUUGAGAGUGUGACAGUCGUGGCUCCUGAAGUCGGAGUUGGACCUUUCAGUCUGUCUAAAGGCCUGGUGGAGCAGAUAAAUAAUUUCCAGACGCUGCGUCUCAGGGAUUUUUCAUUCGACCCUUUUCUCAGCAUCGAUGACGAUUAUUUCUAUCACACUCAAAACCCACGCAGGCCGGAGGUUGGGGAUGUGCGCGUGAGAUUCUCCUUCGCUGGACUGAGCGGGGAGACGUCUCCCCUCGGCCCGGCUCAAACUGUCAGUAUUGUGGCCAUGCAGAGAGGGGAGCAGCUGAUGCCUUUUAAAACCAAGUCAGGAGACACUCUGGAGAUCCUGUACCUGGAGGAGCUCUCUGCAGAGGAGGUUUUUGCGAAAGAACUCCAGUACAACAGUAUGAAGACAUGGGCACUCAGGGCUGCUGGCUGGGCCCUCAUGUGCCUUAGUAUUCAGCUGACCAUGCGCAUCAUCUACACACUGGUGGAUUGGGUUCCUAUUCUCAGGGAGCUCGUGUCCGUGGGGCUGAAGAUCUUCGCCCUGUGUGUCUCCUGCUCUCUGUCCCUUCUCACCAUCGGAGCAGGUUGGCUUUUUUACCGACCAUUAGUGGCUGCUGCUCUGGGAGCUCUAGCUCUGCUUCCGGUGUUUCUCGCCCGCUCAGGACUUCCGGCCAAGAAGAACGAAUGACAAAUAAACUGAUGAUUGUCACAACAAUUGCUGAUGCCCAGCUGUAGCUAUUCAUCAGAGGAACGAGACUGUAUUGUGCAGCUGUUUUUCUCCCACAGCAGGGUUACAAGCCACAUAAGACUUGCGUUAUUCGGGUAAAACAGACAUUUUAUGGUGAUAAGGGGGGAUGCAAGGGGCUUGAACAUAAUCUUUUUUAGUUACAGUGGGCAUCAUUUUAUCACCCUGGAGAUAUGUUUAUGAUUAAAAAGAAAUCCCACGUCAACCACUGCUGGUGUCGUUGCUUUCAGACCGCAAAUGUUAUCAGAUGUGGCCUUUCAAAAGUCUAUCCACCCAUGAAAACCCUCACUCCAUCAUCUUGAUAUUCUGUUGCUUGCAAUGAGCAACAUAAGAUUACUGUAGUUUCAUUUUGACUAUAAAUGUAAUUCGUCAAAGAGUUGUUCCUCCCUCCACAAAACUUACUUAUUUGCCAGUUUAUUAGGUACACCUAGCUAAAGCAGUCUAAUACAACUGCCCUACCUAUAAUGUUCAGUUUUUGUUCAUUGUUUUAGUGAGUUGUUGAUUUAACUUUAUGGUCAUUUUAGAUGGCUGUCAUUUGAGGUGCUGUUGAAUUGCACUGAGAGGUACUUAUAAGGUCUGCACUCAUUGAUGUACAUUGGGUGGAAAUAAUAUUUGUUUAACCCUUGUGCUGACUUCGGGUCAAAUUGACCCGUUUCAAAUUUUGGUUUUAUAUCAGAAAAUAUGGGACGUAGAAAUAAGCGCUGAAAAUGUGUAGAAGAACAUUUUUUUAAUUUAAACGUUGGAAAAACUGUGAAAACAUUGACAAGAAAAGUGUUUUUUUUUCAAGGUUGAAGGGAAGACAACACAAGGGUUAAACAAACGUUUUACCCUUCAUGGGUGAGGAUUUAUUGCAGGGGCGUUUAUUAGACUGCAUUAGUUUUAGCUAGGUGUGCCUAAUAUAAACUGCUGAGUGUGUUCCUAAUGUAAAACACAAGUCAUUUUGAUAUAUCAUAUUUUCUCAUUAUCUGCAACACUUGAGAAAACGUGUUGCAUUUUCAAAAUUUAACAUUGCUCAUAUCAUCAGGGAUUUCUUCAUGAAAUACAAACUGAGUGACUUGAAGUGAUGUGUAAACAUUUUUCAUUAAUAUUCUUUUUCUUUUGGAAAAUUAUGAAUGUCAUUGCUUUGUUUAGACUAAAAGACCAAUCUUUGUAAAAUACCAAAGAACAGAAUCUGCAUUUUUAUGGUAUUGUUUGUAUGCAUGUAUGUUAAAUAAAGCACUUCAAGAUGGCCUGGAAAUCCAGGCACCGGCAAGUUGAGCCUGAAUGGUA